AUGUUUCUUUACCAACUACUCAACAUUUUCUACGUAGCUUCCCAAAAGGAGGAGGAAUCUAAAAAUGAUUCGUCCCGUUACAAGCGUGGUGAUUUACUGGAAGUCCCCAGGACAUUAUUUACACAUUUUGGUAUCUACUUGGGUGACAAUCGUGUGGCUCAUCUCAUCCCGGACAUCCUUCCUGUGUUUACCAAGAAUACAUCUGCAAUUUCAACGAUGGUAUCAAAUAACCGCUUGGUGUUGGGAGUCAUCGCUAAGGUUGCCAGCGUCAGAGUGGACUCCUUGGCUGAUUUUGCGUACGGUUCGGAGAUCCUGGUCAACCACAUGGACAAGUUAUGCAGCCAGCCUCCUUUGGACGGGGACGAGGUAGCGAGAAGGGCAGAGAAACUCCUGGGCAAGGUCAACUACAGCCUACUGUGGUACAACUGUGAACACUACGUCAUGUACUGCAGAUACGGCAUGUCCAUCAGCUACCAGACAUACCAGUUCUGCACAGCAGUACGGAAGAUUGUUUGCAGCAGGAAGAGCUCCUAUCUGACUGCACUGUGUGGUGUAGCAGUCCCGCUGUAUCUGGGCUGUGUGACGCUGCUCACGGUUUUACCCACGCUGCUCGUCUCCUUCACCAUCUGGAUGGCAGCCUGACGUUAUCUGGUGAGACGGCCCUCAUGAGAAAGACUAAUGCAGCGCACUGGUGGGAGUUGAAAUGAAGUCCUGCUGUUGAGCCGAAAAGACAUUGGGAAAAAAAAGUGUCAACUGUAAUAGAAAUGUCAGAAUUCUACUUUUUACCUUAUUUUAACUGAAGUUGUAUUUGUCUUUUCCUUGAUAGUUUGCUGUCGUGACCGAACCUUUUGUGUUAGAUGUCUAAAUUAAUACAUUAUUCAUCACUAAUGUUCACCAGGCUCCGGUGUUCAGCAUUUAUCUUAAUUAACAGUAACAGCUCGUAGAUUAUAGUUUGAC